ACCGCCCACGCGCGGGGCUCAACCGUCCUCCAGAGCAGGCGAGAGAGGGUGGCCGCUUUCCUAGAGCGGUGUGUCGGCACUUCCGGCUCCGGUGCCGCCAUUUUGCCGUGAGACAGCAGCGAGCUGGGCCGUUCUGCUCUACCCUGCUGGGAUGUUGUCUACUGCUGCUUACGCGGGCUCCGAGCCCGAGAUGGGUUACGAGCUCGGCGGCUACGAGCUCGGCGCCCCCGUGGAGCACCGCUUCUCGCCCUAUGCCUUUAAUGGAGGGACUGUGUUGGCGAUUGCUGGAGAAGACUUUUCUAUCGUUGCCUCUGAUACACGACUGAGUGAAGGUUAUGCAAUUCACUGCCGGGACAGUCCAAAAUGCUACAAACUAACAGAACAAACGGUCAUUGGAUGCAGUGGUUUCCAUGGUGACUGCCUUACCCUUACUAAAAUUAUUGAAGCAAGAUUAAAGAUGUACAAGCAUUCCAACAACAAGACCAUGACUACUGGGGCUAUUGCAGCAAUGCUCUCUACAAUUCUGUAUUCUCGACGUUUCUUUCCUUACUACGUUUACAACAUAAUUGGUGGGCUUGAUGAAGAAGGGAAGGGAGCAGUGUAUAGCUUUGAUCCAGUGGGCUCAUACCAGAGAGAUUCAUUCAAAGCAGGUGGAUCAGCAAGCGCCAUGCUGCAGCCUUUGCUUGAUAACCAGAUUGGCUUCAAGAAUAUGCAAAACGUGGAGCAUGUACCUCUGACCCUGGAGAAGGCUUUGCAGCUGGUUAAGGAUGUCUUUACGUCUGCUGCUGAGAGAGACGUGUACACUGGGGACGCGCUUAAGAUUUGCAUUGUCUCAAAAGAUGGAAUUAAAGAGGAAACUGUCCAGUUACGAAAAGACUAAUUCAGUUCACUUCUAAAGGCAUAAUCUGUCAUGUACAAUUUACUUGUGUUGUGAAUACGCUUAUUAAAUUUUUUCAAGAAA